AAAGUCUUUGGAGCUUUCUCUUCUCUCCACCUGUAGGGUAGUUGGUUGUGAGCAUUGGGCAGUGAGUAGUUUCUUCUCUUGUUUCUCUCUCUCUUCAAUCUGCAUGGUUUCUUCCAUGGCGGGUCUCAGACAUCAGCUGGGUCUGUUCCUGGUGGUGGGUAUGGUGGUGGGUAUGGUGGUGAUGAGGUGUGCGUGGGGGAGGUUCGUGGUGGAGAAGAACAGCAUCAGUGUUCUGGCUCCCCUUGAUAUGCGUUCAAAGCAUGAUGGGGCGAUUGGGAACUUUGGUAUUCCUGAAUAUGGAGGAUCCAUGGUGGGGUCUGUUGUUUAUCCUCAAAAGGGCUCUUUUGGGUGUGUGCCUUUUGAGGGUGACAAGCCCUUCAAGUCUCGCUCCUCUCCCACCACUAUUCUUCUUCUUGACCGUGGAGAGUGCUCCUUUGCCUUGAAGGCAUGGAAUGCUCAACAGGCAGGAGCUGCAGCAGUUCUAGUGGCUGAUAGCAUAGAUGAGCCUCUCAUAACCAUGGAUUCUUCUCCACAGGAGAGCACUGAUUCAGACGGCUAUGCGGUUCUGCUUACGAUCCGAUUAGUCUUAAUAGACCGAGCUUUUGGUGAAAAUUUGAAGCAGGCCUUGAAGAAAGGUCAAGAUGUUUUGGUAAAAUUAGACUUGACAGAGUCAAUGCCCCACCCAGAUGAGAGGGUCGAGUAUGAGCUCUGGACUAACAGCAAUGAUGAGUGUGGGACUCGUUGUGAUGAGCUGAUGAACUUUGUGCAGAACUUCAAGGGCCACGCCCAGAUUCUCGAGAAGCUGGGCUACACUCAAUUCACACCACAUUAUAUAACUUGGUACUGUCCUCAAGCUUUUGUCCUUAGCAACCAAUGCAAGUCUCAAUGCAUCAACCAUGGAAGGUACUGUGCACCUGAUCCAGAGCAAAAUUUUGGAGAAGGGUACCAAGGAAAAGAUGUGGUGUUUGAGAACUUGAGACAGCUUUGUGUGCAUAGGGUUGCCAAUGAGAGCAACCGGUCUUGGGUUUGGUGGGACUAUGUCACUGAUUUUCAUAUCAGAUGUUCAAUGAAGGAGAAGAGAUAUAGCAAAGAAUGCGCUGAGGAUGUCAUGAAAUCACUUGAUCUGCCUAUUGACAAGAUCAAAAAAUGCAUGGGCAAUCCUGAAGCUGAUGUGGAUAAUGAGGUAUUGAAAACCGGGAAAGAACUCCAGGUUGGCCGAGGAUCUCCUGGUGAUGUUACCAUCUUGCCAACACUGGUUGUUAAUAACAUCCAAUACCGAGGAAAACUGGAGAGAACUGCUGUGCUGAAGGCCAUUUGCGCUGGAUUUAAGGAGACCACUGAACCUCAAGUAUGUUCAAGUGGAGAUCUUGAGACCAAUGAGUGCCUUGAAAGGCAUGGUGGCUGUUGGCACGAUUCACGUUCUAACAUAACUGCCUGCAAGGACACAUAUCGGGGAAGAGUUUGCAAAUGCCCAGUUGUGGAUGGUGUUCAGUACAGAGGAGAUGGUUACGUCUCUUGUGAAGAAAGAAGUGGUUCUAAAUUCGGAUGGUCCCUCGGCUUCUUGGUCCUAGCUUCUCUGGUGGGUGCUGGUAUAGCUGGUUAUAUAUUCUACAAAUACAGGCUCCGGUCUUACAUGGACUCAGAGAUCAUGAUGUCACAGUACAUGCCUCUUGACAACCACAACAACAACAACGAAGUCCCAACCGAGGCCCAGGCUCUGCGACCAGGCUCAUCAGUAUGAGGAAGCAUUUGCAGAAAAGAAAGUAGAAGCAAAUGAGAUACCGCGAAAGCUUCCACGAGAGGAAUGAAGUAUGCUGCCUGUAAAUUUUCAGAUCAAUCUUACAACUGUUGGAAUAUGUGCCCAUAAACAAAUGAGAUUUAUUUAUUUAUUUAUUUUGCUGAUUAUUAAUAUUUUUUUUUAA